AUGGAUUGUACGGUUCGUGUAUGGGAUCUUGAGACUGGGGAUCUCGUUACAGUCUUGCACCACAUGUGGCUCUGUGCGCCAAAUAAUUCUCCCCCUGUGUGGAGUGCGCACCCUUGGAAUGAUUGCUUUCUUUCCGUUGGAGAGGACUUAUGUGUUGCUCUCUCUUCUCUUGAAACUUCGCGAGUGGAGAGAAUAUUUCCAGGACACCCUUAUUAUCCUGAAAAAGUGGUGUGGGAUGGUGCUAGAGGAUACAUUGCAUGCCUCUGUAGAUUUAAUUCAAGAACAUCUGAUGCAGUUGAUGUGUUAUACAUUUGGGAUGUAAAAACAGGUGCUAGAGAACGGGUUCUCCGUGGGAUGGCUUCGCACUCAAUGUUUGAUCACUUUUGUAAAGGAAUCAGCAGGAAUUCUAUUUCAGGCACGGUACUAAAUGGGAACACUUCUGUUUCCUCAUUACUUCUUCCACUAAACGAAGAUGAGAGUUCUUCUCGACCUCAUCUAAUUAGUGAUGAGAAAGGGACCACUCUGCCAAAUAUAAUUGAAUCUAGUACUUUCCGCGCAAGUAUAAGUAAUGGAAAUUCUAGAACGACAUCAUCUGCCCUUGAAAGAAUACGGUAUCCUAUCAAAUGCUCUUGCCCAUUUCCAGGAAUUGCUACUCUGAGUUUUGGUGUUGCAUCAUUGAUGUUCCCUCGUCAGAAGCAUGAGUUGAUGGAAAAAGACUUUAGUAAGAAAGAGAUGAAGGAACAUGGAGCUGGGACACCACAUCCACUCCAUAGGACUGUAGAUUCUUUUGUUCAAGUAUCUUCCACUGAUUCUGCAGAUUUAUGGGAUUGGAGCGAGGCUCUUGAGGAAUCUCUGAUUAGGUUCGGCUUAUCAUUUCUGCAUUUAUGGGAUAUCGAUACUGAGCUUGAUCAGUUGUUAAUAACCGAAAUGAAGUUAAAGAGACCAGCAAAUUUUAUUGUAGCUUCUGGCUUGCAAGGGGACAGAGGGUCUCUGACGCUGACUUUCCCUGGUUUGAGUGCAGUACUUGAGCUUUGGAAAUCGUCAUCUGAGUUUUGUGCAAUGAGGUCCUUGGCAAUGGUCUCUCUUGCACAGUGCUUGAUUAGUUUGUCGCACCCCAGUUCAAGUUCAGCAGCUAGCAGCUUUUAGUGAGCUUCUGGCAAGAUGAAAGUGAGCAUGUACGAAUGGCUGCACGUUCUUUAUUCCAUUGUGCUGCUUCACGAGCUAUACCUGUUCCGCUGCGUAGUGAGCAGGCAACUGGACAUGCAAAAAUUAUGAGAUCUCUGUCUGAAGUUGGCGUAGAUGAGCUUGAAGUGUUAAACACAAUUAAACCAUCCACAAAUGUAUUGGAGUCUGACAGUUUACCGGAAACAAAAGGCAUUUCUCAUGUUGAGGACACUAAAUUGGUUGCUUGGCUGGAAUCAUUUGAAAUGCAAGACUGGGUUUCUUGUGUUGGCAGGACAAGUCAAGAUGCAAUGGCAUCACACAUUAUUGUUGCAGCUGCCUUGGCAAUUUGGUAUCCUAGCCUUGUCAAACCUACACUUGCCACAUUGGUUGUGCAUCCAUUAAUGAAGUUAGUUAUGGCCAUGAAUGAGAAA